AUGAUCUCUGCAGAUGACAUCCCUGACCCGCUGCCAUCCACUGUCUCGGCGCCAUCCACUGUCUCAAAGCGACCACCCAAAGAUGGAUGGGACCAAGGCCGUCCUGAUCCCAAAACUUACAAGUCCUCUGUUGUUAUUGCACCUCCAGUGGCCUCACGAGCAACAGCUCCUGCACAAGGACCAGAAAUAGAGUCUCAAGCAGCUCUGCUCGCUGCCCUCCUACAGGAGGCUUCACGCAGAAGUUCUACUGCAUCAUCUGCCAGUGAUCGCGGGAAUCGCAAUCUUCCGUUCGCUCUGAUUCCACCAUUUGAGGUCACGGCAGUGGAAGGUGAUGUGGAUCUCAAUCAACCAACAGUAACGAGACUCACGAAGACUGCAGAGGUCGCACCAAUAUUGCACCAUUUGAUCUUGCUAAUCUUUCUUUCCAUGUCAUUAUCCUUUAUGAACUUUAUCGCACACUACCCUGACAUUCCUGCACAGUUGCUCCUGGCUGGAACAUCGACCCAGGGUACUUCUGCACGCUCAUCAGGCACAGCUAACAAUUCUAGAGCAUUGCAUGGAGUUGUUCCACGAAUAUCACACAAUUUGAAGGGGAAACAGAAGGACAUAGAGGUACCGUCAUCAGUAGAUCGUAAUUGUCGGCUUCCGGAAACAACGUUCACCUUUUCCCCCUUACCCUCCUUUCCUAAUAUCCCACCACCACCUCCCACUGCAGGCCCUUCCCAAUGUAGUCCUCCUGGUGACCCGAUUCCUACAUCAUUCGGACAACCUGCUCCCUCUGAUAACGGCAUGGCAUCAGUUAUGACGUGGUUUUCCAAUGGACUCUCACAUCUAGCCACUACUAUGGAAGCCAACAGUUCAUUAUCGACCAAGAAACUGGAGGAGGACAUUAGUGUUAUCCGCACUCAGCUCAACCACCUGUCAGGCAAUAUGAAGGGUACCCCUGUCAUCCCUAACAACCGCAGACAAAGAAAGUUUGCUGGUUUCGUGCCAGACCCCGCCGAUCGUGUUGAUGUUCCAGAAGCCCCGACCCGUCAGAGCAAAGUCACUUAUAAUCACUUCAAGGGUUGUAUUUGUCAUCACACUCAACUUCUUCUCAAAGUUGAGGAUUACAAACAACUCACAUCAAUCAACUGCAGUCUCACUGAAGAGGAACGGGACGCCUAUUGCGAAAGGCAUCCAGACCGCAUUAACAUCACUAGUGAUAACUUUCGCCUUGAUUUGACAGACAACUGUAACUUGCUGUUCAAUUGUGACGCUGUCGUCAUCUUUGCCUUUGACUUCAUCAAGAAAAUCAAAGAGCUCGGGUGGUAUGCCGAUUCUAAUAUUCCUGAGCAAUGUCUAAGGGGUCAGGAUAAGGAACGACAGAAACAGAAAGAGGAGCGACUUCGGAGGGGUGCAAGAAACUCAAGAAAAAUGCGGCUUUUUGCAGAACAUCUACAGGGUUGUGCAGUCCCUGGCAGCCCAUUUGCGCCCCAAAUCACCAUCUUGGAGGCCAUGGGGAGUGCAUGCUGCAGUUCAGACGAAUCUGGUGAUGACUUCGACAGUAUUCACCAGCCUCAGGCUCCACUACAUCUAUCACUCAAAAAGCACACCAAGACGAAGAACAGCUCUUUUUGGCGGAUCAGUCCAGUCUGGCACGGCAUAGGACCCAGCUCGUUAAUGUACCACAUCGAUGAACAUAUUGAAGAAGUCAAAUCUUUAGGCAUUCUUAGGAAGCCACGCGGAAACUGUACUCGUAAUCGGCUCCACUCCAACAAAGUAAAUCCUCAUAUUGCAGUGCCAGCUGGCCUGCCUCGUAAUUGCUACAACCCUGUGUGGUAUAAUUCACUUCCACUCAUAUUGAAGCUCCGUCUUGACGUGAAGGACUGGGAUUGGGAUUUUUGUCGUGGCGGGAGAUUGCAGGCGACUGAGGAUAAUGAUAUGGACACAACGAAUAAGUGUGAUAUUCCAUUGGGGAUUCCCAGUGCACAGAUACCAGUGGAGAUCAGAUAA